AUGGGCGCCGACAUCACGUGGGGAGCUGCUGGCGCUGCCAUUGGCUUGGCGGAGGAGAAAAAGGAUGCGUCACGUCCUGGUUACCGCUGUGCGCGUCCUGGUAACGGCGUGGAGUGGAGCGGCGCGAUGGUGAGCGGCGGCCGGGCCUGGACCGGGCCUGGACCGGACCGGACCGGAGCUCUCCCUGCGCCUCCGGGGGCCGGGCCCCGCGCCCGGGGGUUCGGCGUGGGGCGGCUGCUUGGCCCCCGCCGCUUCUUUGAUCCCCCUCAGCUGCGGGCCUGGCUCCCCCGAGGGAACGGGCUGGCUGCCGGGAGUGCCGGCGGUUGGCUCGGCGGGCUUUGUGAACGCCCUGGGGCGGCAGGAAGGGCUUGUGCUGUUCUGUUGAGUACCCCGAGUUUAACUCUCGUUUUCCCCCUGCUGUGUGUGGAGUUGGUGUUAGUGUUAGGGGACCUUCACAUCCCACACCGGUGCUCUGGGCUACCUGUGAAGUUCAAGAAGCUGCUGGUUCCGGGAAAGAUUCAGCACAUCUUGUGUACAGGGAACCUCUGCACCAAGGAGACCUAUGACUACCUCCGGACCCUGGCUGGGGACGUCCACGUUGUUAGGGGGGACGCUGAGAGCCUGAAUUAUCCUGAAGAGAAGGUUGUAACUGUCGGGCAGUUCAGAAUCGGGCUGAUUCAUGGCCAUCAGGUAAUCCCCUGGGGCGAUGUGGCCAGCCUGGCCCUGCUGCAGAGGCAGCUGGAUGUGGACAUUCUCAUCUCUGGACACACGCACAGAUUUGAAGCAUUUGAACAUGAAAACAAAUUUUACAUCAACCCGGGAUCAGCUACAGGAGCCUACAAUGCUUUGGAAACGAACAUCAUCCCUUCAUUUGUGUUGAUGGAUAUCCAGGCUUCCACUGUUGUGGCUUAUGUAUACCAGCUAAUUGAGGAUGAUGUGCAAGUAGAAAGAAUUGAGUUCAAGAAGUACUGAAUCAUGUCCGACUUGCUUGUUGACUUCUCACCCCCUUUCAUUGCUUCUCUUCCCGGUUAAGUCUAGGUGGCGGCAGGCCACCGGGGGGUGCUGCUGCUGCACAAUAAGGUUGCCACAGCGCUUUACUGUGAGCUUGUAAAAGAAAAAGCCCUGAAACACCACGGUUAGUCUUGGUUCCCAAACAGAAGAAACUGAAGAGAGAGGACUGUAGAGAAUCUCCUAUGUCUUUGGAGAAACUGCUAUGCUCCUAAAUAAGGAAUUGCAGAGGGUGGUGGUAGUUUGGCAUAGAACCUCUUCUGUAAACUGGAUAGAAUAAUAAACACCAGUCUUCAUG